UAGCCUCGACUGACAUCUGUCAAAAAUGUCAAUUCAGGAGUAUAUUUUUAUUUUCCACUUUGAUGUCGACCAAAAAAAAUAGUUUCCAUAUCAACAAAAAGUGCCCUCAAUCUUAUCAAAUUGGCUAAGCGCAUUGGCAACCAAACCAAGAUAAACAAAGACCUUUGGAUAUUGCUCCCAACGACGACAACGUUCCAACUCAAUAACACCCCAACCCAACCAUCAUGAAGCAAUCAUCGAAACGCGGAUCUCGAUUGUCUAGUCUCGCUGAAGACCUCAGCAUUCCAGAUGAUGCUCCAUUCCGAGGGCGACUCCAUAUGCUUUUCUCCCAGAUCGAAAAAGAAUUCGAACUGCUCUACAUGGAGAACCUCACUUUGCAAGAAAAACUAGAAUCUCUGGGUGGGAAGGAAAAUAUGGGUUGUGAUCGUUCAGCAGGACACGAUGAUCCCGACACAACUGGCAUUCCCAUGAAAAGCUUCAAAUCGAAGAUAGCAUCGUCGGGAAGUAAAGUCAAAGCAAGCCAUAAAAUAAGAGCACAGACAUCUCGAAUUGUGUCCAGUUUCAAGGCGCAGUCAGUUGUCAGUUCUUUGGUGCGUGACUUCUGUGGCCAUAAGGACGGAGUUUGGCAGAUUGCUGCCAAAUCCGGACAACCAAUUAUAGGAACUGCCUCAGCCGAUCAUACGGCAUGCAUUUGGGGAAUUGAGAGCGGGCGAUGUCUGCUCCAAUAUCAAGGCCAUGCUGGCUCGGUGAAUUCAAUAAAAUUCCAUCAAAAUCGUGAUCUGGUUCUGACUGGCAGUGGUGAUGGCACUGCUCACAUCUGGCAAGCUGCCGUUAAUUGGGAAGUUUCCAAAAAGGGGCAUUCAUCUGAAGAGGAACUCGAUGAUAGUGACGAACAAGUGGAGGAUCGUGAUAGAGUGGAUACUUUACGAACUCCAUUGUGUGAAUUUUCAGGACCCGGUGGUCAUACGUCGGUUGUGGUUGCCGCCGAUUGGCUACCGAAUAUGGACCAAAUAAUCACUGGUAGCUGGGAUAGAACUGCGAUGUUGUGGGAUGUUGAAACUAAAGAACCCAUUCAGCCUUUAACGGGACACGAUCACGAGUUGACUCAUGUCUCGGCACAUUCCAGUCAACGCUUAGUGAUUACUGCUUCAAGAGACUCGACUUUCCGUUUGUGGGACUUUAGAGAUGCCAUACCAGCAGUAUCAGUUUUUCAAGGCCACACUGAGAGCGUAACUUCAACUGUUUUCACCAAAGACGACAAAGUUGUAUCAGGCUCGGAUGAUCGUACUGUCAAGGUCUGGGAAUUGCGUAACAUGAGAUCGGCUCUGGCUACCAUUCGUACCGAUUCAGCUGUCAAUAGAUUGGCUGUCUCAUCGACGGGAGUAAUCGCCAUUCCACACGAUAACCGACAGAUUCGUUUGUUUGAUUUGAAUGGACAACGAGUAGCUCGCUUACCCAGGACAAGUCGACAAGGUCAUCGUCGUAUGGUGUCAUCAGUUGCAUGGGCUGAGGAGCCUGUUUUCAACUGUAAUCUAUUCUCAUGUGGAUUCGACAGAAGAGUUCUCGGUUGGUCGAUCUCAUUACCAAAGGAUAAUUAAUUUUAUUUUAAUUUAAAAACAGAAAAUAUAACAAAAGAAAAAGGUAAUUAUUAUGUAUUAAAUGUAAUUUCACAUACUCAUUAAUGAGGAUAGGAUUUUAUUGUUGUAGGGAUCGUAAAUAUUAUUAUUAUUAAAUACAAAUAAAAUGUAUAAUUUAUUUAAUUGUUUAAUUUUAAAAAGAGAAUAUUAUAUUAAUCCAUCAUAAUUAUUAUUACUAUUAUUGUUAUUGAUGUUCCUUCUCCUUUAUAAUUAUUAAUGUUGUAAACAUCACUUAUUUCCUUAAAGUAAAAAAUAUAGACUUCUAAUAAAUUGUGCAUCAUUUUAAAUUCAUAAUGAACAAAUAUAAAAAUAUUUACAAAGUUAUUAUAUUAUAUAGAUAAUUAAUAUUAUAUAUUUUCUGUUUCAAAAUAAAGAUACAAUUUUAGCUGGACAUAUCUAGGAUUAAAACUAAAUAAAUAAAAAUAAAGAUCUUAGUUUUCUGAGUAGUUUUAGUGGUAGUAAAAAAGUGAAUCUAUAUACACUUACCGUAUUAACUGUAUUUAUUUUUCCCUCAUAAAUAAAAAAGCA